AUGUCGUCGGAGAAAUAUGAGAUCGGCACUCGCGCCGAAUGCGAGAAAAUGGUGAAAGAAUGGGGGUUUCCUCAUGUCUUUACCUGGACAGACUCGAGACGAGGCAAUCUCACCAUCACCUAUCCGACCGAUAAUGAUACGCUUUACAACGGUGAGAUCAAGAAGGAGACAUUUGGCGUCGGAGACAGAGUCGAUGUGCCUGCUGGGAAGAUCCAUGAAGUUUGGAUAGGGUUGGAUGGGUGUGAAUAUGUCAUUGGGGAGUAG